AUGGAGUUGAGCCAACAGUCCAUUCACGACGUCAUUCAUCCCACCGCCGCCUUCUCUGAUGCGGCAGCCAACAUCGACGCCGCACUGGCCGCCCCGCCGCUUGACGUUCCUUGGCUGCAGUCGUCGCUCAAUCCAAAGAAUCGCAUCAACAGUCUGGACGUCCCCGCCCGCCCUCUGUGGCGUAUCGACGGUUGUACCGCCUUCGGCACCCAGAUUUACGCCAUCCCGCUCUUCGUCGACGUCGUCCGGCCCUAUCGAGUCGACGUCUUCAUUCCCGAGCCGGCCACCGUGCCUCCGGAUCUUCGCAAGGCCCUGGAUCUCGACGUGGCCUUCUACGUCCGUGAUGGCUCACGCAUCGCCCAGCUGGGCUUCACGCGCCACGUUCUUCGAAUCCUCCAACACUGGACCAACACCCUGCAGAAUCCAGCAGACAUAUACAAGGACCUUCCCUUUGGCUCCAGAAUCGUCCUGCACAACCUGCCCAAGAACGUCGCCGACGCACGCAUCUCCGUCGCCCCGACGCACUACCUGGAGCGCCAGCUGCUCUCGCCAUCCGCUCUGCAAAAGUUCUGGGGCAGUGGCCUCAGUCUGCCCCCCAUCGUCCAACUCGAGGACGUGGAAUACCUGUCCCAGCUUCAUGACAGCGUCUGCCUGGUCAAGAUCGACGGCCGCACCUGGAUUUUCAAGGCCCUUACCAGCUACACCAAGUACUUGUAUCACGAAAUGAGGCAGCUAUUGGUCAUGCCACCUCAUCCCAACAUCAUUGCCCGCCCGGUCCACCUAGUCACCAAGAGAUGCAGCUUCGGGAACAAAGUCGCCGCCGUCGGGUUCACCGUGGAGAACCACGUCCACGGCAGCCUGCGAGACCUCAUUCCGUUCCUCCAGGUGCACGGCAAGGUGUCUCUGGACGACAAGAUCAAGUGGUCAGUUCAACUGGCCUCGGCCCUCGUACAUCUUCGAGAAACGGCAGGCAUCUUCUACCCAGACCUGCGGCUCGACAACAUCGUUCUUUCGGAGUCCUGGGACGCCGUCAUGAUCGACUUUGAGCAGCGGGGCGUGUGGUGCGAGUUCGCGGCGCCCGAAGUGAACGCCAUCGAGUACGUCCGACUCUUGGCCAUUGAUGAGGACAUCGACCCGGACGUCCAAACAAAGUACUCGGCGAUACUCGACGAGCUGCUCCCUGGCUGGGAGGACAUGGGCGAGGGCGAAGAGUACAUUUGGCCCUCGAAAGGGUACAACGUCCCGUGGUCAUGCCUCACGCAGAGGGAGCAGGAGGCCUGCGAGGUCUACAUGCUUGGCCGCGUGCUCUGGUGCAUCUUCGAGGCGAGCAGCGCCCCACAGAGGGCCGCUGUGUGGCUGUCGUACCGCUGGGAGCCCCUCGUCGAGUUCCCCGGCUACACGACGACGCCCGAGCCCAUCCGGGACCUCAUCGACCGCUGCACCCGCGGCCGGCAGCCCGGGCUGACCAAGUACAUCGUCCGCGAGCGCGACCGCCUCAUCAUGCGCGAGCUCGAGAACACGGGCAAGUCCACUGCGCAGCAGGUGCGGGAGACGGCUCGCGACUGGUGGGCGGCCGAGAUCGAGGCCGCCGAGGCCUGGCUUGGGGCAAGGGCUGACGGUAUGGCGAGGGGCGACUGGAACGAGAACUACUUCGACCGGCCGAGCCUGCAAGAAGUCUACCAGGCUCUCGAGGCUUUUCGCGCCACCAAGAGCACGGUUCCCUGA